AUGACAUCGAUUGAUACAUCUGUAGAUGUGAACAGCGUUGAAGAUUGUCUUGAUACUUAUAUCGAUAUCAAUUAUGAACCAAGAGUGAAACGAACAAAAUUACUCAUGACAUCCUUAAUGGAUAAGAAUGUUUCUGGUAGAAAUCGCUCAUCAGAUAAAGUUGAUCAGUAUAUUAAAUUGACAUUGGAUUGUAAGAGUUGUUAUACCAAUCCACUCAUGUUCUGGAAACAAUCCAAGUAUCAUCUCGCAUUUCCAAAUUUAGCUCGACUAGCAAAAUACUACUUUUCUAUCCCAUGCAGUUCUGCAUCACCAGAGCGUCAAUUCAGCGCUGCUGGAUAUAUUGUUAAUCAAAGACGUUUUUACUUUAGAUCCUUCAAUUGUGAAUGA